CGCUCCCGCCCUGCGCAACAGCUUUACCGGGUCAAAACCCCUCCUAGCAGAGCAAGCGUGGUCCGCACCAGCCAGAGUAUUGAAAAAACACAACAAAACACAAGUUGAGGGGGUUGGUUGGUUGGUUUGUUCCUUCCUCACUGAAUGAGUCUUUUUAAAGCCACUGUCCACUGGACUGGCCGCUGCCAAACUCCUAAGGCCUUCCCCUGCCGGUUCCCGCUUUUGAAGAGAGAGCCUUAUCAGGCGCUAAAAUCUGAUGAUCCAGGGCCAUGGAGUCAGAGGGCAGUUCCCGAAAAGGAUGGACUUUUUUUCUGUAGUUCUAUAUGCUGCAGAGCCCCGGGGGCGGCCUUAGUAAUAGCAUGGACACCGGUAGAACUUGUAAAAACACUGGAGCUAGGACCUCAUAGCGUUUUCAUACAGCUUUCCCAACCGUUCAAACGUGAGAAAAGCUGAUUUAAGUUCACUGACUCUACAAGACAGAUAAUGAAAUGGUCUCCAGCUUGCCGCUGCAGAUGUCACUCUAUUUUAACUCUUACUUCUUCCCGCUGUGGUGGGUGAGCUGCAUUACGAUGCUUCACCUGAAGUACUCAGUCCUGCCCGAUUACUACAAAUUCAUUGUGAUCACUGUCGUCAUCCUCAUCACCUUGAUUGAAGCUAUCCGGUUGUACCUGGGCUGCAUGGGUAACCUGCAGGAGAAGGUUCCGGAGUUGGCUGGCUUUUGGCUUCUGAGCCUUCUACUACAGUUGCCCUUAAUCCUUUUCUUGCUCCUUAAUGAGGGCCUAAAGAAUCUGCCCUUGGAAAAAGCAAUACAUAUCAUCUUCACUGUCUUCCUUACUUUCCAAGUCAUCUCAGCAUUUCUGACCCUGAAGAAAAUGGUCAAUCAGCUGGCAGCGCGUUUCCACCUCCAGGACUUUGAUCGACUGUCUGCUAACAGUUCCACUGCGAGGAGGAUGAGGCGGAAUACCGAAGAUCUCUGAGCCGGCACUGAUGAGUAACAUCUGAGACACCAAGAGACUGACAGGACGUCUGAGGUCAGGCCUGAGAAAUGGAACAGUUGCUCUGGGCUGACCCUCUGGCUCAGGAAUUUCCAUGGAGGCGAUGCCGAGACUGAGGCUGAGGCAGUGUCCAGCAGACCUCGCUUAACAUUGACUUUGCAGGUGCGUGUCCGUAAGUCUGUUAGAAGCUGUAAUCCACCGCCUUUUCUGUAAUGUUCGGAGUUAUAAUCUGCAGCUAGAAAUGUGCGGCAUUUCAGGGAAAGUCAGCUCUGUCCCGCGGACUCACUGGGUGUCUCGGCACUCCAGGACAUUGCCCAGCCCAGGCCAACAGAAAUCAAACUCCCUGGUAUUCUUGUGAACUCUGUUUCAUUUUGCACUUGUUUUGGCAUUGUUGUCCUAUUGUUAUAGAAUAAGAAGGUGGGAAGGAGUUGGGAAAGAAGACAAAGCAUGCAAAAUAAUGUGGUAUAAAGAAAAAUUAAUUAAAAAAGUAAAGUGUAACUUCUUUUAAA